AUGGAGGAAUUUUUGUUUUUUCUACACUGUUCAAGAGGCUGUGGUAUUGUCACUGCUGCAGGGAACUCGGGUGUAGCAGAAUGGGGACUGGACAUGGGAGGCUGGGCUGUCUUUUCAUUGAUGGCAGAGCUAGGACCUGGCCAGCACAAGGAGCUGGCUGUGUGGAGGUGCCCUCUGACCUCUGCUCUGAGCGGCUGCUGCAGCCCUGCCUGGGUCGGAUUUGGGGCUGGGCCUGGCAGGCUUUUGUGCAGCACCAGUAGGUGGGUGCUGAUGACAUUCUUAGUGACAAUCUUUCAAGGAGGGCAUCGAAUAUCAAUUAUAAAUUAUUAA